AUGGCGACCGUCGCGGCUAACAAACGGCUACAACGCGAGUACAAAGCCAUCGCCGCGAAUCCUCCGCCGUACAUCAGCGCGCACCCCUCGGAAACAAACAUCCUAGAAUGGCACUACCUGCUCGAGGGACCACCCGCGACCCCGUACGAAGGCGGCCAGUUCUGGGGAACCCUCGUCUUCCCCCCCGACUACCCGUUCAAGCCCCCCGCGAUCCGCAUGAUUACCCCGUCCGGACGCUUCCAGACCUCGACCCGGCUGUGCCUGUCGAUCUCCGAUUUCCACCCCAAGAGCUUCAAUCCUGCGUGGGAGGUGUCGACGAUUCUGAUCGGCCUGCUGAGCUUCAUGACCAGCGAGGAGAUGACCACUGGCAGUAUCAGCGCGAGCGAACGCGAACGUAAGGUUCUCGCGCAGAACAGCCGGUGGUGGAAUUCUACGGGCGGCGGAAGUGCGGUGCGACGCUCGGAUGGCACUAUCGUCCAUGCAGGAACGGUGAUGCCGGGAAGGAAGGUGGGGCUGGGGGAUGCUGGCAAGAGAUUUCGCAACGAGUGGCCGGAGAUCGACGUUGAGAACUGGAAGUGGAUCGAUGCCAACAAGAUCGAUGUUCUAACGGGCGGUAUCCCUGUUGCGGCUGCGGCGAAGGAGCAAGCGGUUGUCAGGAGGCGGGCUCCACCGGCUUCUGCCAUCCUGGCGAGUGGGGGGCCUGCUGCGGGUGCUGCGGUUGUGGCUAGAGGCGAGGGAUGGCUGAGGAGGCAUCGUCUCGUGGUCGGACUGAUGGUGGUGGUGGGCUACGUGUUGCUGGCCAGGGCAUUCGAGUAG